GAGAUUUGGCCAAGAUUAGAUGUGCAUAAAUUCAAAGUGAUAAAUAUUUAGCAUUUACUCGAUUUCUGAUUGCAUUUAGCAAAAAAAAUAAAGAAAACUCUUAUUCGCUGUAUACAAAGGAAUUGAAUUAACGUAUGUUCAUACAGUAGGAUAAGAAAAUCCUGCUAAAAAGUGCAAUUCACUCAUAUAAUUGUUGAAGGAGGAACAGGAUUUUGAACAUUUUGUGCAAAGAAUAGAACACAAAAAAAAAACGAACACAGUGCAAAAGGGAGAGGUAGAAAUUAGCAAACGAAAUCCAUUACGUGAAAAAUCGAUAAAAAUAGAAUCAAAUCGGAAGCCCGUCAUAAAGGCAAAAGCAAAAACAAAACCGAAUAGACGUGUCGACGAGAGGAGCGCUACAACACCAAUUUAACGAACAGUACAACGUUCGCUAAAGAGCGCGUAGCAAAAAACGUGUACUAGUAAAGGAAUUUGCAUAUAACAAGGCACAAUUCUUACUUGAAUUUUUGAAAUAAUUCUUUCUGGCGGUCGUCAGCAUAAUCUUCGCGCGCAAAACGUUGAAAUAGAAAAGUUGAAAUUUUUGAAAGAGAAUAGUAAAGAGCAUAUAAGAAAAAAGGAGAAAAAUCAGCUGAUCAGCAAUAAAGGUGAAGGAGGAGAAACGUUUCUCCACCUACCGGUAAGGAGAACGUCACCUACAUAAAAAAGAGCAAAAUUUACUACAGCUGUCCAAUCAGCCGUAAAAAUAGCAAAAGCACAAAACGUCAAACAAAAAAGUGUUGAAUUUGUAAUAAAAACAAAAUUGGAAAAAAUAUAUAAAAGCCAAACAAAGCGAGCGAGCGGAUGUAAAUAAAAGAGCAUUUUAAACGAAAAUCUAAACAAACGAAACCACAGUUUUUAAAAGUUUUAUUAGAAAAUAUACAUAUUGGUCUGGUAAACUAAUCAAUAAUAUUUGUAAGGAAAAAUUACAAAUUACUGCUACAAAUCAGCAAAAAGUGGAUAAAAUUAUACCCACAGAAAAAAAGAAGUAUAUUGAAAUAAUAAGUACCUUCCUAAAUUUCUAAUAAUUCACGAGUGCUGCAAACUAGUAUGGGCACAGAAACCAAAUUCAAUAGCUAUAAGGAGAACACCACUGCAACGACUGGUAGUGUUUUACAUCCGAAAGUAGCGCACAAUGGUUCGUCGGCAGCAGCAAUAGGUGCCGGUGUUGUUGGUGUUAAUGUUGGCAUUAGCAGUGUUGGUCAAAAGUUGCAUUCCUCAAAUAGUGCUUUGAAUGGUGCAUUGAACUCUAAACAACAGCAUAGCGAUAUUACGAACCACAGCAGCAGCAGCAAUAGUGAGAAAAUUGUAACUCCAGUUUUUGUACCCAUACACAUUGGCGAGGACGUAAUUAGCGGUGCCAAAGAGAUACUGAAAGUGAUAAGACCACACUGGAACAUUAGUCAUGUACAAUUUAAAAAAUUCACCGAUGGCAUCACAAAUAAGCUUGUCGGUUGUUUCUAUAAUCCCCCACCACAAACAACAACAACAACAACAACAGCUAACAGCAAUGGCAAUGAAUGCGACACAGACUGCGCAUAUGGCAAUGACACACCACACUCACCCUCAACCUUGGCAUCAUCCACACUGUUGGACGACAAUAAUGACUCGGGCAAUAUCAGCGACACGGAUACAUUGGAUUCAGAGGUGACUACGUCGAGUGCACUUGACAUAGAUAGUCAAAAUGCCAGCAACAAUGCGCACGCAAAAGAUGAAAGCUGCAACAGUGCUGCGAUCGCUAAUGAUAGCAAUGUAGCGCUGGUGCGUGUCUAUGGUAACAAAACCGAUCUGCUGAUCGAUCGCAAAGCCGAGACACGCAACAUACAGCUGUUGCAUACGUACGGGUUUGCGCCCACACUAUUUGCCACAUUCAAAAAUGGUUUAGUUUACGAUUUUGUACCUGGUGUCACAUUGAAGCCGACAAGUGUUUUGGAACCGAAGAUUUGGCGACUGGUAGCGACACGUAUGGCCGAGAUGCAUCGUCGUGUGCAGGUGCAGGAAACGCCGGCUGCUUGCAAUGGUGGUGGUGGUAGUGGUGGCGGCGGAGUACCGCAUGUGCCAAUGUUGUGGCAUAAGACGCAGAGUUUCUUCGAUUUGGUACCUGAGCGUUUUAGUGAUCCCGAGAAGCAUAAAAGAGUUGAGGAGACUUUCUUGCCCAUAAAACGUUUACGCGACGAAUUCAACGAGCUCUACAGGCGACUCGAACGCCUAAACAGCCCCGUGGUUUUCGCCCACAACGAUCUGUUGCUGGGCAAUAUUGUCUACUUGGAGGCGGAGCAGCGUGUCAACUUCAUUGACUACGAAUAUGCCGAUUACAAUUUUCAGGCAUUCGAUAUUGGAAAUCAUUUCUGUGAAUUUGCCGGCGUCGACGAAGCGGACUUCUCACGCUAUCCGAAGCGUGACUUUCAGCUGGCCUGGCUGCGCGUCUACCUGCAGGAGUACUUGCAACGCUCACACAUCACCGACGCCGAAGUGGAACGCCUGUACUUGCAGGUGAACCAAUUCGCGUUGGCCGCACACAUGCUCUGGACCGUGUGGUCGCUCAUACAAGCGGAACAUUCCACUAUCGAUUUCGAUUAUGCCGAUUAUGCGCACGUACGUUAUGCGGAAUACAAAAAGCAUAAAUCCAUAUUGGGUUUGAGCAACACUGAGGAGGAGGAGGACAACGUUGCGGCGGCAAGCUAAAUUCACCAUAUGCACAUAGCGCAUCUAAACACGCCCCUCCCUACCCUGCUAGCUGCUAGAUUAUAAGCUGAGCAUGUGAGUUAGACUCUAAUGCUUGGCGGUACGUCUGACUAACGGAAGUGUCAGCGAAUCUUGUGUUAUGGCUUGCAACAAUAAGGCGUUAACUGCGCAACAAAAUAACAACAACAACGUUUAGUUAACAGCGUUUAUUUCAACUCAAAACGUUUUUCGAAUAUCGAAUUAUUUGAAAUAGCAGACACAGUCGAAAUUCUGUAUUCUAUUCGUGGCGCCCUGUUUCGUAGUCAUUCUUGUGUGUGUGUGGCGAACGUGUAUAGUACGCAAAUCGAAGUGAGAAAUUAAUUUAUUUAAUUUUGCAAAUAAAAAAAAAAACAUUCCGCAAGCAUUAAUUAUUCAAAUACGAUUUAUAUGUAAUACAAAUUGUAAUUAUAAAAUAUGUUAAAAAUAUUGAAAAAAAACUAAAAUAGAAAAUCAACAAAGAAAUUGAAAAUAGUAAGCCAUCAAAAGUGUUGACAACGCAUUGUGAUUUGUUUUUAGUGUAAUACGAAUGCAUUAUCGUUUUAAUUAUUAUUCUCUACACAUAACCUAAUUAUUAACCAACUGCAUUGAUUAACUUUUAAGUGUUAAAUAAAAGCGUAUAUACAUAUGUAUCGACA